AUGCUGACAACAAAAGCGUGUGGAUUGGUUUUACUUGUUAUCUCACAUUGCGUUUAUGGUAGGUUGAAUAUGUUGGAUGAUGGUACCUCUGGAAGCGACAAGCGAAACUUGUUAAUUAACGAACCUUACAGUGAAACAGCAGCAAGACAACAUGGAUGGCAUGGAGAUACGGUUUUCAUUUGUGACAAGAAUGCUAUUGAGCAGCACCACAAGGACGUCAUUGUACUGUACUUUCCUGUGGAGCUCUACAUGUUGUGCCCGGGGACAGUGCGACUCAUGUUGCGGCCUCAGGGAUUUAAAAAUGCAUCCUCUGUUCGCACGGCUCCAUCGUUUUACGGCUAUUGA